AUUCGAUCUAUCGCAUAUAGCUGUGAUGUAACCCACUAUCCUGGACAAUUGCAGCUCAUGUUAACAUGAAGGGAAUACAUGUUUUCAUAAUUAAAUAUUGUUUGCAAUUUUUAUAUGUGAGCAGACGAACAGGCUAUACUAUAUGGAUAAGCCAAAAGCAAAUGACCUGGGUUGAAAGCUUCAAUUACUGUAAACUUAGUACCGAAAAAGAUGUCAAAUUGUUUAACGCCAGAUAUACCGCAUGGGGUAGUGGAGUAUACCUUAACACACGUUGGAUGAUUCACAAAGGCUGUUACAAAAGUUCAGAUGCAGUUGACAGUAAAACCGUCAAGGCCAUAGCACAGAACUCUCCAUCACUUUGUUCUUCUGAAUGUGAAAUGAGUUUACAUUUUGCACUGAAGUACAACUGGUGCUUAUGCUUGACUUCCCUAAACAAUAUGGUGAAGGAGACAUCAGACAAAUGCAAGUAUACGUGUGCUGGUUCUAAGGAUGACAGUUGUGGCGACAGAAUAAAUUACUCUGUAUACAGUCAUGUCACAGGGAAAAGCAAACCUUUACAAGAUGGUGAUCCAAAACAUACGUGUUCUGUUGUCAUUCGUAAGAAAGUAGGAUUCAUACUGAAAGCUGUUGAUUGUUCUAGACUCUACUGGACAGCAUGUGAGAUGCAAUCUGGAGCUAUUAAGAUUAUGGGCCAUGGAUUAUCCUACCGGUCAGCGAUUAAUCGAUGUUCUCUUCAUGGUAAUUCCUUACCCACAAUCAACGAAGAUGGUGUAAACAACUUGGAGGAAGGAAAAAUGUACUGGACAAAUAUUCACAGGCGUACAUUCCUAAAAUGGAUAAAAGACGAACCGGUCAAGCAGAUUUGCUAUAAAGUGCAAGCAUCAUUGGGAUGUUUACUUGUUUUAAGAGAGGCAAAUGGGGAUGUGCAAUAUAUUCAAGAAUCAUGCCAGUCUAAGUUCCCUGUAAUAUGUGACCAAGUGGGUGUCGAGGGCAGCGUCGACACAAUGCAUUGCAAAACAAAAAAUAUAAGUACGCUGUAUACAACGAACAGACCAAAACUGGUAACAACCUCCGUAACCGGCGGACUUCAAUACAUGACAAGGGCAUAUAAAUCCACAGAAACUAUUCUUGACACAACAAGAUUUCACAAAGCAUUUCAAACUCCAGGAAUUUUUGUCAAAGAAACCUCCAAGGUUUCAAAAAAUCUCAAUUUCUUCACAACCCUGAGCAAAGCAGUCACUUCAACGACUUCCAGAACCGCCAAAGCAACGCUAGUGUCAAGGAAAACCAGUAAACUACAACCAGAUUAUUCUCAAACUACAACUUCAGAAAAUCCGUAUAUGUUAAACGUGCAAAGCACAAUAGUAUACAGAUACAAAACUACUACAGUAACUACGAAGGCACAGACAACAUUGUCGACUACAACAAGUACAGAUCUAGAACUAUUGCAAACCACUACCUCUUCUCACACGUCCACAAAUCUACCUGGUACAUCAUCAACAACUUCCACUAAAGUUUCUCUACAACCAGUACCCAGUGCAGUUGAACUCUUUAGUGGCGUGAAUACCACGAUGAAGACUUCAAAACAUGACAAUGACAUCUUUAGAACAGAAGACCUUUUUGUUAUCUUCUAUAUUCAAAUUGGUAUAGUAGCACUUGUUACCUUUGUAGCAUUUGUUUUAGUUUGUCUCCUAACGUAUAUGAUCGCCUUACUCCGUAGAGGAAGAGAAACAAAACAGAGCAGUCUAUACGAACUAUCUUCGCGAACUACGCCUGACCCAAGAAUGUAUUCACAGUUACUUAUGCCUAUUUCUCGGAUAUACAGUUCUGCUCAUAACGAUACUGUUGAUAAUUCAGUAUUUUAGAUUUCAUUUUAAUGGACGGUUACGUUCAAAGAAUAAGCAAUAUAUAUAUAUAUAUAGAAAGUAUGAUACGCUGCUUCACGAUAAAAAAGUACCACUGCAUUUCAGUUUUGUUUGUUAUACAGAAACGUCAACUGUUAAUGAUAAAGUCUCCAUUAAUGUCGACUUUUGAUGCAACAACGUUGAAUUUACACAUGACAAAUUCAAUUUCGUAAAAUGUCAAGCAUGAACUGAUGCAGGAAGGAAAGAUAACUGUUUGUAUAUUAAAUAACGUCUAAAAAUAAAACGUUUUCAACCCUUUAA